AUGUCUUCGCCUCCCGAAGGGAAGCUGGAGACGAAAGCUGGACACCCGCCCGCCGUGAAAGCUGGCGGAAUGCGAAUUGUGCAGAAACACCCGCACACCGUGGACAGCAAAGACGAGAAGGACAAGGAUGACCAGGAGUGGGAGAGCCCCAGCCCCCCAAAGCCGACCGUGUACAUCUCUGGUGUGAUGGCCCGGGGUGACAAGGACUUCCCCCCGGCGGCUGCACAGGUGGCCCACCAGAAGCCACACGCCUCCAUGGACAAGCACGCGUCUCCGAGGACCCAGAACAUUCAGCAGCCCCGCAAGUGA